AUGGGCGAAUACCGUAUUGAGGUAUCCCCCAACAACCGCGCUGGUUGCAAGGACAGCGAGUGCAAGAAGACCAAGGAGAAGAUCACUAAGGGCAUGCUCCGCUUUGGCAGCUGGGUCAGCAUUGAAGAUCAUGGAAGCUGGGCGUGGAAGCAUUGGGGAUGUGUCUCCGGUCAACAGCUGCAGAACGUCCGCGAUCUCUGCGAGCAGGGCGAUGGUAGUUUUGAUUGCGAUGCUAUCGACGGCUACGAUGAGCUUGGGGACCAUCCUGACCUGCAGGAAAAGGUUCGACGCUGCGUCACCCAGGGAUUCAUUGAUCCCGAAGACUUCAAUGGAGAUCCCGAGAAGAACAAGCUCGGCGAGAAGGGCAUCCAUCUGACGGCUGCUCAAAAGAGAAAGAGGGAGAAGGAUGCUGCUGCUGCCGCUGCUGCUGACGACGAUGAGGAGGACCAGCCCAAGCCUAAGAAGGCACGCAAGGCCAAGGCCGUCAAGGCUAAGAAGGAGGAGGAUGAAGAGGAGGAGGUGCCCGCUCCUGCUAAGCCUGCCCGUGGCAAGAAGGCCGCUGCUAAGGCCAAGGUCAAGGAUGAGACUGAGGACGAGGCACCUGCCCCCGCUCCCGCUAAGAAGGGACGCCGGACUUCAGCCCAGAAGGUCAAGGAUGAGGCUGAUGAAGAGGAGCCUGCCGCUGCUCCUGCUCCCGCUAAGAAGGGACGCCGAGCUUCGGCCCAGAAAGUCAAGGACGAGACUGAUGAAGAGGAGUCUGCUCCUGCUCCUGCUCCUGCCCCUGCCAAGAGAGGGCGAAAGGCCGCCACCAAGAACACUGAGGAGGACGAUGAGGCUCCUGCCCCGGCUCCCACUAAGGGGCGCAAGACUGCUUCUCGGAAGACGAAGGAUGAAGCUGAAGAGAAGCCUGCCGCAGUCAGAAGACCACGCAGGACCGCCGCCAAGAAAGCCCCUGUUGCCGAUGAGGAUGAAGACGCUGCUGAAGAACAGGAGGAAGACGAGAAGCCUGCUCCCAAGGCCAAGGGCCGUCGUGGACGCCCUCGCAAGGUUUGA